UCUGAGUAACCUGACAGAAGUUUUGAGGCGUAUGGAUGACGCGGGGGUGAAACUGAAGUUAAAGAAGUGUGUGUUUCAGGCACCAGAAGUAACAUAUUUAGGACAUAAAAUUAAUGCGGAAGGGCUGCACCCGUCCGAGGACAAGGUUCAAGCUGUUAUAAAGGCACCCACACCAAGCAACAUCACUGAACUAAAGGCGUAUUUGGGGCUUGUUAAUUAUUAUGGCAGAUACAUUCCUAAUCUCUCCACAGUAUUUGCUCCCUUGUACAGAUUACUGCAACGGGACGUGGAAUGGCAAUGGGGACCAGAACAGCAGCGUGCCCUUGCCACAUCGAAACAACUGUUGGCGAGCUCCAAGGUGUUGGUGCAUUUAUGACAGCAGCAAGCCCCUCCUGCUCACCUGUGACGCGUCACCAUACGGAUUGGGAGCAGUCCUUGCACACCGUUUGGAGUCUGGAGAGGAGAAACCGAUUGCUUUCGCAUCCCGAUCCCUGAGCAUAGCUGAACGCAAGUAUGCUCAGGUAGAGAAAGAAGGUUUGGCAAUAAUAUUUGGUGUUAAGAAAUUUCAUAAUUACUUGUAUGGCCGCCAUUUUGAGAUCAUUUCAGACCAUCAGCCACUUAAAAGUCUGUUUAAUGAAACUCGCCCAGUGCCUGUGAUGGCAUCAAGUCGUAUCCAACGCUGGGCGCUAACACUAUCGGCGUAUGAAUACACUAUCACCCACAAACCAGGGAAAAAUAUAGUACAUGCUGAUGGGUUGAGUCGCCUUCCUCUCCCUGAAUUUCCCAAGGUGACUCCAGUCCCCGGUGAUGUGGUAUGCGUGUUGGAGAGACUAGACCAGACACCCGUCACGUCGAGAGAGUUAAGGCAAUGGACGGAUAAGGACUCAACACUCUCGAAGGUGCAGUUGCUAGAUGGGAGGACUGUACGACGUCAUCUCGACUAUGUGAGGAGAAGAGUAAGCAUAGAGGGCGAGACGGUUAACGCAGAUGAUGCCAUACCACCUCCCAUGGACCUCACAAAUGGAGCAGGAAUUCAGAAACAUGGUUCGGCACCGGCAGGCAGCGUGUCGCCCCUAAAGGCAGGAGUUUCGAAGCAGUCCGGAGCACACAACAGCAACGCGCCGGAUCAAAUUCAAGAACGAGAGUUAACCUCAAGUCAAGAGUUCGAACCUGGAUUGCCGCCACAACAGCAGCCGUUGGAGAGGGAAACACUGCGCCGUUCUGAGAGACUGCGCCAGAAGCCAGAUCGUUUGCAGAUAGCUUGGAAAUAAAAUGUUAGGUCUCUUGCUUCACUUGUGUUAACUAUUUUAAUUGUUGGAGUUUUGUAUUACUUUUGCUAGUUUUAGUUACUAUGUUUAUUUUGUUUUUUGUCUCGUGUUUGCGGGUUUUAGCGUUUCUUAUAACUUGUAUCGAAUAUUUUUUUUCUAGUCUUUCUAAUUGAUAAGUUUUAGUAUCUUCUGUAUCUUUUUUAACAUUUUGGUUGUAAACUUGAUUUUAUGGUUUCUAACCUGAGUUUUUUUUUUAAAAAAAGGGAGGAGUGUUAUAAUUGUUACUACCAAAGUACUACUUGUCAUUCACUGCUUCAUGUAUUGGUUUAUGUAUUAGUUCAUACUAGUUGAUUUCGGAAGCUUCUCUCUGUAUGGAGCCAGUUCAGCUCCAGCCGGCAAGCGGGUAGCCGCUCCUUAAUACAUUGUUACCCCUGGA